CCGAGAAGAGCCGUGGCCAAUCAUAAUACUCGAUACAUAUCCAAAUAGGAUAAAGGAAUAAAAUGGCGGCCACCUGCUUGCGACCAGCUUUGCUCCUAGCUAGGACUGUAAAAAUUAGUGGGUCCAAUGUGCAAGUAUUAGCCCAUCAGUCAUCAACAAGUACACCUUUAAUUGCUUUAAGUCAGCUCAGCUUGGUGAGACAUGGAUCAUUUUUCAACAGAAAGGAUUCCACUCAAAUGUGGGAUAGUGCAACUGGUGUAAGUAAUGCAGGACGGAAAAGAGGACGUGCUAGCCGUGGAAAAAUUAUGCAGAGAGUGAAUUUGAAUAUUGGAAAGAAAAUGGGAAUAGGUGCCAGUGGGUAUGUGUUUCCUGGUUUGUCAACUCAUAUUUCUGGAAAAGAAAAUGUUGGUGAUCUAGGUGUGCGUAUAGCUGAUAAGCAAGAGGACAUUACAGAUUCUGGAAGUAAAUUUCAAAGGAAAAAAACAUCUGGAAAACUAGAUCCCUUAGAUAGAGGUUUCAGUGGAACAAAAUUACCAGGAAAAAAAAUUGAACCACCUGACCCAGUUGAUGGCUAUGACUUUUCAGACUUCGAGACUUACAUCAUGGAGAGUAAAAUUGUGUCAAAAGUAACAAGGAGUCAAGGAAAAGUUAGUAGUCAUUAUGCAGUUGUUGCUACUGGCAACAGAAAAGGUUUGUUUGGUAUAGCUACCGGUAGAGGAAGGACUACACAGUCUGCCAUUAAUGCAGCAAAAAAUAGAGCUGCCCAGCGAUUGGUAUAUAUAGAUAUUCUUGAUGGUCAUACUCCUUUGCAUAAUUUUGCAAACACAUAUCAUAAAACAUCUGUAAUAGUACACCAAGCACCUAAAGGUUUUGGUCUAAGAUGUCAUCCAGCAUUAAGGAUAAUUUGCCGGCUGAUUGGUAUCAAGGAUGUACAUAUUAAAUCUGAAGGCUGUGUUAGAAACUAUCUUAAUCUCUCCAGGGCAUUAAUGAUGGGCAUAAUAGAAACGAAAACUCAUCAAGAAAUUGCAGAUGAACUUGGACAUCACAUUGUAGAGUGCAGACCAGAGACUGACUAUUUUCCAGUUAUUAAAGCAUCCCCCUCAGAGAAUGCGGAAAAAAAUGAUUUUGUUAAACAAGAUGGAUUUGACUUCGAUUCAUAUUGCUUUAAUAAUAAACUGCCUCUGAAGAAGUAUGGUAAAAGGCCAUUUUAUUGGUUCUUGCCAGCAUUUAAGGACAGGAAAGCCAGAGACUACCAAAGACGGAAUCAGCCAAAGGCUAUGAUAGAUAGAAUGGUGCUUGGCUUGCAACCAGAGUUUAAAAGAUUGAAAUAAGACUUCAAAAAAAAACAAAAAACAAAAAAGACAAAACAAAAAAACAGAAAACAGAAAAAGAGUUGAUUAAACAUAAUAAGAAAGUAAGUUAGAAAAAAUAAAGUUGAUAGGUGGAUAUAUAUGUA